AUGUUCCUUAACACCCACCGUCUGGUCCAUCUGCCGCGCAUCCCGCCGUCGCAGCCCGAGUCGGAGCUUCCGCGCGGGGAAUGUCGCUACCGCCACCGCGAAGCUGGUCAGGCUGACCGCCAGACCUGCGUCUGCCAGGGCUUCUCUUUGAACCGCCAGCAGCCCGUCGGGACCACUUGUGAGUGUGGCCAUCCGGCAUGGGUCCACGUCCAACAGCCCAUGGCCGCCGUCACCUACGAUGAGCACAGGGCUUUGGUGGGCGAGUUGGCCCGGUUCAAGCAGGAGCAGGACCGUAAGCUCCAGAACUUGCAGACUGAGCUCGCCCAGACCCAGCACGAGCUCAUGGCCCAGCGUGCCCAGAACCUUGAGCGGGAACGCCUCUUCAAGCUGCUCGAGGCACGCCUGUACCAGAACAUGAAGGCCAUGAAAAUCGAGCUGGAUGACAAGAUGGACGGCGUGAUUGACCAGCAGCAUGCCUUCCAGCGCAAGUUGAUCGACGUUGAAGACGCCACGAUGGAGCAUGAGAUCAAAAUUGAGAAGUUGGAGUCUGCGCCCAACGCCGUGGUGACACGAGACCUCACCCCGGUUCCCGAGGCCUCGCUGAACGACGAUCUUUCCAUGGAUACCGCCGUCGAUACUGCUGUCGAAGAGCCAACUGCCAUGCCCGAGAAGCCGGAGCAGCCCUGGAGCGUCAAGGUGAUGAUCGUGCCGCGUCGGAGCCAGCAGUUUGCUUUUGAAGUCGACAGCACGGCGCACAGGAGAUGCCAGUCCCGCAAGCUCUUCCAGGAAAUCGAAUUCUCAAGCAGAGACAGUGCAAACUUCCACUUCACCGUCGACAAGGCAUUUUCUCAUGUCCUCAAGGACCGUCCUUGGGUCCCUCUAAUCGGCUAUCGCGCUCAGAACGACUGCUUCGGUCGCAUUGCUCUGCGGCAGAUACCCCCAGAGUUUUCGUCCGGCGACCUGUGGGACUACUUCUUCCUCGAUCAUCACUGCGUUGCGCACGACAAGCUGCAAGGAGACCUGCUCUACAUCGCGCUGCGGGAUUCCGACCUGAGCUGGGAGGAGAUCAAGGAGCUACCACCCAUGUUCGGCGCGUCCGAAUCCGUGUGGACGCACGAGGUGGAUCUGGACGGACCUCUCCCCGGAGCCAAACAUUCCAACGCCCCUUUAGGACGGCUGGAUCGGGCGGACCUGAUGUACGGGUACUCGCCCAGCCCACCCCCUUACACGUCGCAGCGGCACCACCACCAGACCACCACGGUCCAGUCGCAAUCGCAGCCGCAGCCGCAGCCGCAGCCUGAGCCCGAGGCCGUCCUCCAGCAGCACGACGCCAACAGCAACAACCGGAUGUCGACGCCCCUCGGCGUGCUCGCGACCGCAUCCGCGUCCGUCCUCGGCCACGCGCUCAGCCGGCAUCCCACGUCGCAGUCGGCCACGGCGCAGUCGCUCCGCAGCCUGGGCAGCACCGAAGACGGCGCCUCGGACGACGAGCACUCGCACAGGGACAAGAUCCGCAAGCUGCGCCCGAAGAUGUCGGAGCCGUCGAUGCCGUCGGCUUCGCUGGCGGGACACGGCGGCGGCAGCGGCAGUUCGUCACAUCAUCAUCACCACCACCAUCAUCAUCAUCAUCAACAACACCAGCCGCAGCAGCCGGCCGUGUAUUAUUCUGGACGGAGCAAGCGGAAGAUGCCCGUGCGCGAGAAGACGAAGGAGCCGCUGCAGUUCAAGCUUCCGAGCUUGUUGCAUCAUCGCAAUCACAGUAAUAAAGAGGAAGCCGCGUGA